CCCUGAGAGGAGCAUGGCGGCCAAACCCAAGCUCUGCUAUUUCCGCGGCAGAGGCAGGAUGGAGUCGAUCCGCUGGCUGCUGGCUGCAGCUGGAGUGGAGUUUGAAGAAGAAUUUAUUGAAACAAGAGAACAAUAUGACAAGUUGUUGAAGGAUGGACGCCUGCUCUUUGGCCAAGUGCCUCUGGUUGAAAUUGACGGAAUGGCAUUGACCCAGACUAGAGCCAUCCUCAGCUAUCUUGCUGCCAAGUACAACCUGUAUGGGAAGGACCUGAAGGAGAGAGCCAGUAUUGACAUGUACACCGAUGGCACCCUGGACCUCAUGAUGAUGGUCGCUCUGGCUGCGUUCAAACCCCCUGAGGAAAAAGAGGAGAACUUUGCUUUAAUUGUGAAGAGAGCUAAAACCCGUUACUUCCCCGUCUUUGAAAAGAUUUUGAAAGACCAUGGAGAGAAUUUUCUCGUUGGCAACAAAUUCAGUUGGGCAGACAUACAACUGUUAGAAGCUAUUUUAAUGGUGGAAGAACUCAAUGCUUCCGUGCUUGCUGACUUCCCCCUGCUGCAGGCAUUUAAAACAAGAAUCAGCAACAUCCCUACAAUUAAGAAGUUCCUGCAGCCGGGGAGUCAGAAGAAGCCGCCCCCAGAUAGCCACUAUGUCCAACUAGUCAGGCACAUCUUGAAGUUCUAAUGAGGACGGCAAAUAGUCACAAUCCACCACAGCCUCAACACUUACCGCAUGGAAGCAAACUGUAGAUUCUAGGAGUAAAGUGUUUGAAAAGAACAAAACUAUACCGCCAUCAACAGCAGAUGCCAAUUAAAUGCAACAUAAAACCGUU